AUGUUGGAUAAACUAACACCAUCUUCCAGAGUGCUUAAUGGGUUCAAUAUGGCAAGUGCGGCAGUAAAAGGGGAAAUUAUAUUGCCAAUCAAUGCGGGAGGAAUGCUCAAAUGCACCAAAUUAUAUGUCAUAGAUGGUGACAUGAGUUACAAUAUGAUCUUUGGGAGGCCUUGGAUACAUGAUAUGAAGGCGGUACCUUCGACAUUGCAUUUACUUCUCAAGUUCCCAACACCAGAUGGAAUCAGACAAAUUCGGAGUGAGCAAUCGACAACAAAAGAGAUGUUCGCUAUUGAAUCACAUGAGAGGGAAAAUCCAGAGCACGAAAAGGAAGAAUCACUUUCAGCAUUUGAAAAAAGGAUUGAAACUGGAGCAAAAUAG